AUGUGUUCUCCUUUCCACAAGUGUUGUUUGAAGAUGAUCACCGGCAGGAGAGUGCCCACGUCGCGAUUGCUGGGCGACUUUGCGGACAACACGUCAGCCCAUGGCGUCCGCAAGUUGCACGAGAAGGGUCACUGGCUUCUUAAAGUGCUCUGGCUCCUUCUUCUAUUGACGGCAACAGUGACUAUUCUCAUGCAAGAGUGGCAGCUCAUCAAUCUCUAUCAGAGCAACAGGGACUAUCCUGCAAGUGAGGCAGCUCAUCAACAUCUAUCAGAGGUGAGUCAACCAGUAUUACAUGUGCGUCUCUUGACAGCAACAGGGACUGUCCUCAUGCAAGUGUGGCAGCUCAUCAGCCUCUAUCAAAGCAACAGGGACUAUCCUCAUGCAAGUGUGGCAGCUCAUCAACCUCUAUCAGAGGUGAGUCAACCAGUAUCACUGGUGCGUCUCUUGACAGCAACGGGGACUGUCCUCAUGCAAGUGUGGCAGCUCAUCAACCUCUAUCAGGGACGGCCUGUUACAACCAAGACAACGAUAAACACCCGCAGUCUCCAGUCUCCGAGCGUCACCCUGUGCAACCUAAACCCGUUCAAGUACUCCAACAUUAGAAGUAACGACUUCGCAAUGGCCGCCCUCAGGGAUAUUUCCAGGUCUCUUAACGUCUCGCUGGAACAAGUUGGUAACACAUCGCAGUCAGAUGCGGGAGACGUUGGUGGCGGGGAAGAUUACAUUGAUGAUCCUAUUACGUCAGAGAGUUCAUUCUCAGUGAAUCAGUUCCUGACCCAAAUAUCCAAGGACUUCCGGAUGGAUACUCUGCUGUCUCUGGAAGACAAGACAAGCGUGAGGGAGUUGGCACAGCCUGUCUCGGAGCUCAUCGUUAGCUGCAACUCCGCCGGCAUGGACUGUCACUACAGCGAGUUCUCAUGGAUCUUCGACCUGGACUACAUGACGUGCUUCCAGUUUCCUGCCAAAACCAGCUACCGCUCGCUCGAAGUCUACAACGCUGGCCAACUCUUUGGUCUAAGUUUGAUUCUGAACGUGGACCAGAAAGAGUACAUCCCCUUCGUGACGCCAGGUGCCGGUAUCCGUGUGGCGAUCCACGAGUUCGGCUCGCAGCCCAAUCUGAUGCAGAAAGGGCUGACUGCUCCCCCGGGCUUCGAGACAUCCAUUGGAAUCAGACCAGCAAUCCGAAUACAUCAGCCAGCCCCAUACGGCAACUGUGUGGCCAACUACCCUCACGGAGACAUUGAGACAUGUCAGCGAAGCUGCCUGGAGGAUCUUAUAGAGGCUGAGUGUCGGUGUUCGCGAAGGAUCGACAACCCCAACAACAUCGAGAUCACGUGCACUGGAAUCGAGAGCAACUGCAUAAAGGAAGUUAUCAAGAAGAGACAGGAGGGAAAUCACACGUGCGAGGCAUGUCGGAUAUCAUGCAGACAGCAUGACUACAUACAACGUCUCUCCAUGGCGACAUGGCCCUCGGACCACCACGACAUGGCUCUCAAAGCUGCCAUCAACGCCAACAAUGAGAAGUCACUGGGAGACAUUGAUACAAGGAAGAACCUGGUGUCCCUCAAUGUCUUCUUCUCGGAGCUGACUGAGGAGAUCGUGCAGGAGGAGCCAGCGUACAUGUGGGAGAACUUGUUGAGUGACAUCGGAGGCCAGCUGGGAUUGUGGCUGGUAUAUCAGCCCUGUCCCUGUGCGAAGUUCUGGAGCUCGUCCUCUUCAUGA